AUGAAUGCUAAUAAUUAUGCUCGAAUUUCAUAUUAUGAAUCGGAUAGUAGUGGAGAUGAUCUUCCUAGUACCACAUAUACAUCAGCAAUUAAGCGUCAUAUGACUUCAACUCAAUAUAAAAUUGAUUGGCAUACUUGGAGUAUCUUGGAUACAGACAAACAUCCAUAUAGAUUACUUGUAAACGAAAGUCUAGCCACAAGUGAAAAAUCACCUACUUUAAAUCUAACCACAAGAUCAGUACCUUUAGUAGUAUGUCCUGAAGGUCGUAUCAUUAGACGAACAUAUCAAAAGACAAUUCAAUAA